AUGAACCAGAAAGUUAGUGGAUGGACUGGCUAUAACAUUUUGGUGCGCAACGAAAUUGAGGCUCGUCAAGACAAUAUCGGAUACCUCCCCACCAUUGAUGCACCUGCCACUAGCAUGUCAACUGUUCAUGAGAUUUUGGUCCGCUCCCAAAAGAUAAGAAAAGCUCUUGAACUGAAGAACAUAGUACUCGUAUUUGAUCAAGCUCUGUAUGCCAAGGCAACAGAGAUAGCUUGGAAACAUCCAGACAAGUUUUCAGAUAUUGUUAUUCGGAUGGUUGUCUUCCAUACAGUGUGCACACUUCUUUCCAUAAUCGGGAAGAGAUUCCAAGACGCUGAUUUAAGGGACGUUUGCAUUGAAUCAGGGGUAAUUGCUGAAGGUUCUGUGACAGGAGUUCUUGAAGGACGUAGAUACAACCGUGCUGUCAGGUUUCAUAAACUGAUGUAUGAAGCACUCCAAAGACUUAUCUGGAAAGGAUUUCAGAUGUGGGUAGAAGUAAAGUUCCCGGAGAAGAAACCGUUUAUCCAAGAUUUCUUUGCCGGAUUAAAACCUUUAUACGACAACCUGUGCCAAAAGGAACAACAAAGGGUCUUGGAUAGUCAAAGUUUCCCAGAGUUUAUCACACUGUACGAUAUGUACCUUGACUAUCUAAGCAAUAACAACGGGAAACUAUCUAGUUUCUGGAUGUCAUACAUUGAUCUCGUUGGCAUUCUGCUGAAUAUAGUGAGAGCAUCAAGAGAAGGACAUUGAGAGCUACAUUUAUCAGCCAUUGAACAAAUGAUACCAUGGUGCUUUGCCUAUGAUAAUGUAAAUUAUGCCCGCUAUUUACCUGCAUACCUGUCUGAGAUGACCCACCUCGAAGAGACCCAUCCUGAGGCUCAUGAAUUUCUUAAGUAUGGUGGAUUCUCUGUCCAGAUCGGCGACCAAAACCCCUUUGGUAGGGUUCCAGUUGAUCAAACAUGCGAGGAGACGGUCAAUAAGGACACCCAGACAGCCGGGGGCACCAAAUGCUUCAGUCUUAAAGCAGGAGCAGUUAGCAAGUAUUAUAUAGUGUCUGAAUUUCGCAGUAUUUUUUUGAAGCAGCUGAGGGACCUGCUAAAUCUAAGCAAAUCCAAUUCUGGGCAUACUGAUCUUCAAAAAACAAGAAUUGUAAGAGACGAGGCUGACGUGAAGUCGCUGAUUGCUAUGCUAGAAAGCAACUGGAUAAACCCAUUCAGUGCUGAACAGCAGGAUCUGGUAUGCUUGUCAACCGGAAAGGUUGCCACCCAAAAGAUAGAGGAAGACUUGUUAGGCGCAAAAGCUGUUUAG